AUGACUGCACGAGAAGCAGCACAAAAGGCCCUAAGUAACAUAACAGCUUCCCCCUUUGCAAGGAGGUUACAAGAGGCUAGGUUGCCGAGCAGAGUGAAGCACGGUACGUUCAUCCUUUACGAGACAAACGCAGACCCCAUGGCUCACAUACAGCACUAUCAGCAGGCUAUGUUCAUGCAUGAUGGAGAUGAUGCCAUUAUGUGUAAGAUGUUCCCUUCAAGUCUAGGGAAGGUGGCUUUAUCUUGGUUUCAUAAAUUAGGACCACGCUCCAUACAAGGAUGGAGGCAGUUGGCCGAGGAGUUUACUGCUUGGUUCUUGACAAGCAGGAGAGCCCCAAAAAUGUUUGAAAGCCUCUCCACAAUGAAGCAGGAGGAGAGUGAGCUGACCAGGGACUACGCUAAGAAAUGCUGGGAGACUUUCAAAGAGAUUGAAAGUUGCAGUGAAGAGUAUGCGAUUGCUACUUUCAAAACUAGCUUACCUGUUCGGGGAGAGUUGUGCUGGUCGUUGAAUUUUCAUUCGAUAGUAACACUGGCUAAGCUAAUGGAGCGAAUUGAACAACAUACCAGAAUAGAAGAUGACAUACUCCGAGAAGAUGGCAAGGCCGUCACCCAACAGCCUAAGAUACCAACAAAGAAAAAUCAGCCUUAUUUCAAAUGGCCACCAAGUCUGGGAGGAGAUAAGGAUGCAAACCGGGCUACGAAUCAACACUGUAGCUACCACAAAGAUUGGGGUCAUGUGACUGAAGAUUGUGAGAUGUUCAAGAGGCACCUUGAUGACUUAGUCUCUCGAGGGUACCUCAAGGAAUUUAUCUAG